CUUCUCUUGUUCUUCGCAUUGACACAAUUGUCAAAAAUGUCCUUGUUACGGCCAGGGAGAAUAAAUAUCAAUGCGGGCUGCGCGCGGGCUGCGAGGCUGGCAUAUCCGGUCAAUGCCCGCUUUGUCAGUUCUUCCGCACCUCGCCAGCUUGAUGAGAAGGCCCCCAAGACCAGUCCUGAGGACGCCCCGACGGACGUGUCCAGAGGUGGCUCCAUGAUCCGGAGGGAGUCUCCUUCAGAAGCUAUGGCCCGUCACCAACCUGAUUAUAACGCAACCGUUGACCAAGCUACCUCUUUAUUUUCCCCCGUUCCCAAACGUGUGAUGGAUGGCAGUGAGCCCGGUGAUAUUGUUGCCGCUGCUGUGCUAUCGGGUGCUCCUACGGACCUUCAGGCUCGAACUGUUAGGAUCUAUCGGCCCGCCAAACCCGCUACGCAAUCUGGCACCUGGCAUGAUCAUCACUGGAGAAUGGACUGGGAUGUCCUGUCAAAGGGUCAUCGGUGGGAGAAUCCAUUGAUGGGGUGGCAAUCAUCUGCAGACGCGAUGCAGGGAACCCACAUCAACUUCAAAUCGAAGGAAGACGCAAUUCGUUUCGCCGAAAAACAAGGGUAUGAAUAUUAUGUCCAAGAACCGAAUGAGCGAGCUUUCCACCCUAAGGCAUAUGCGAAUAACUUUUUGCAUGUGCCUAAGAAGCUCAAGCAAAUCAGAACCAAAUAAGAUGUUAGAUAGCAAUUGCGCGCCAUGUCUAUGUACAAUUUUACCGUUUCCACACGUUUUCCCCCUGAAUCGCCGUUAUCGCCCUCUACAGUGGCAUUACUCUGGCUUAUCUCGCUUUUUUAUCUACAAAUCUAACACUCCUCGUUUGUGUCCCUU